AUGCCGACCUUUGGAGGCCUCCUCAAGAAGCGGCGGACGAAGGACUCGAAAUCAAAGGACCUCGACUCUGAGAACUCUACUACAAACAACACGGCUGCUGCUGCUGUUGCUACUUCUACUACUCCUGCGCCAGCUGCCUCCGUGCAAGGCCGUCAUACAGCCCAGUCCAGCGUCGACAGCGCAGAUACCUCGAAUCUCCCGCCAUCUGCCGCCAGUAAGGACUCUGCCGCCGCUGCUGGUGCUGCUCCCGAGCCUGGUUCUGGUCCUCGUCCUGGUUCUGGCUCUGGCACUGCUGAGCCUGUCGCCUCUGCUGCCCCUGCACCUCCCGCGCCCGCUGCUGCUGGCGGAGUGACUGCCGCUGCCAUUGACCCUCCCUCGACCAGUCUGACGCCCGCGCUCGCCAACAUGUCGACCGCCUACCAGCGUCCCAGUCCUGGAGACGUCUCGCAGUCGAGAUCUCCCCAGCAGACACAGCCGUCCGCCCUCCCCCAGCCUCAUAAUGUCACCAGCAUCAAGAAUAUCAUAAACCCGCCCCACCAUGAGGACCAGCAGCAGCACCACAACCACCAGCAACAACAACUACAACAGCAUCAACAUGCUACUACAGGAACGCCCGAUGCCUCAAUUCGAGCCUCGCAGCGCCAAUUGAAGGGCAAAUACUCCCUCAGCGACUUUUCCAUCCACCGCACGCUGGGGACGGGCAGUUUCGGCCGAGUUCAUCUCGUUCAAUCUAUACACAACCAGCGAUUCUACGCUAUCAAAGUCCUCAAGAAGGCCCAGGUUGUCAAGCUCAAGCAGGUCGAGCAUACAAACGAUGAGCGGGCGAUGCUCGAGCGGGUCAAGCACCCGUUUCUUGUUACUCUAUGGGGCACCUUCCAGGAUGCAAAGAAUCUCUACAUGGUCAUGGAUUUCGCAGAGGGUGGUGAGCUCUUCAGUCUCCUCAGAAAAUCCCAGCGGUUUCCCAACCCGGUGGCGAAAUUCUACGCCGCCGAAGUUACACUUGCUCUGGAGUACCUGCACUCCAAACACAUAGUAUACCGAGACCUGAAGCCCGAGAACCUGCUUUUGGAUAAGAACGGGCAUCUCAAGAUCACCGACUUUGGCUUCGCAAAGGAGGUACGGGAUAUUACGUGGACGCUAUGCGGCACGCCGGACUACCUCGCCCCUGAGGUGGUUUCCUCCAAGGGCUACAACAAAUCUGUCGACUGGUGGUCGCUAGGUAUACUCAUCUUCGAAAUGCUCUGUGGUUUCACCCCAUUCUGGGACAGUGGCUCGCCCAUGAAGAUAUACGAGAACAUCCUAAAAUGCCGCGUUAAAUACCCGCCGUCCCUGGUUCCGGAUGCGCAGGAUCUACUAUCGCGACUAAUCACACCCGAUCUGACCAAGAGACUGGGUAAUUUACACGGUGGAUCUCAGGAUGUCAAGAACCAUCCAUGGUUUGCGGAGGUCACCUGGGAACUGCUUGCUCAGCGACGGAUAGACGCUCCGUACAUACCUCCAGUCAAGGGUGGGUCGGGCGAUGCAUGCAUGUUCGACACCUAUGCGGAAGAGACGGAACAGUAUGGUCUUCCUGCUGAAGAUGAGUACGUACCUUAUACCCUCACACCCAGAUACACCCUUGCCGGCUUCUAG